AUGCCGGACGUGGCUGCAUCCGACUCGGCGGCGGCUGAUGCGCCUGUGUCGGGCGCAGCCACACCCGAUGUGGUGGCGGCGGAUGCACCAGUGCCGGACGCGGCGACACCCGACGCGGCGGUGGUGGAUGCGCCAGUGCUGGACGCGGCCACACCCGACGCGGCGGCGGUGGAUGCGCUAGUGCUGGGCGCAGCCACACCCAACGCGGUGGCCCUUGAGACCCCGGCUACGGCGACAGUUGCGCCGACACCGGAUUUGGCGGCGGCGAGCGCGACUGCGAGAAGUGCUGCAGCGGCGAGCACAACGGCAACCGAGGUCCCGAGGCCUGCGCAGGAAGUUCCUACCUCCAGCCCCGAUCCUGUAGCAGAGGAGGAGCUGGAGGUGGUCUUUGGCAGGCAGCUCCUGCAGGGUCCCCCGGAGGAGGAAACGGCUCCCCUCCCCUGGGUGCUGGUCCAGGUGUUCGACCGGGAGUUCGCAGUAGCGAGCCGGGAAAAUGCCCUGGCGCAGCGGGGGGAUGCUUUUGCCCAGGAGGUGGCCAGCCUCGCGGCUCAGCGGUCGGAUCUUGAGACUCGCCUUGCGGCCCAGCGGUCCGAGCUUGAGACUCGCAGCUAG